AUGACUGUCCCAUCCGCUACCGAGCUCCCAGCCUUGGCACCGAAGGCACAUAGAUGGGAGAAAUCCAACACCAAUGAGCACAGCAUUCAGCGUCGUAGCGUCGGCGCCGAGGCAAUUGUUGGGCUGGAGGGGCAGAACAGAAAGGGCCAGUAUGAUCUUUACAUGGUUGCCACUCUCGAAACGGUAGUUCCGGUCACUUCCGCCACAGUCCUGACCCUUGCACACCUGAAAGAGAAGUUUGAACUGGCUCUGCUGGCCGCUCGCUUUCAACACCCUGAAUGCGCGGCCACAGUGUCGUGGGAUGAGCACGUGUCCGCCAUCAUCUCGUAUCAGCCGCCCAAAGACAAUGAAGCAGCUCUCGCCUGGGCAAAAGACUGCAUCCAUAUCCAGCCUACCACGAGAAGCGCAUACGAUGUUUGGGGCGAGCUGGAGAUGGAAAGGUCUGCGAAUAAUGUCAUCAUACCAUCAAAGUCAUUUGAGGUGUUCCUACUCGCGAAUGUUCUCCAUCAGGACGCCCGUAUCCCUGCGGGCGCUGCUGUAGAUGUUUUGAUCCAUACAAACCACCUUUUCUGGGACGGUAUCAGCUGUCUUGGACAGAGCGCGCCAAAGUUCAAUUGGGGACAAGAGGUAAAGAAUCUCUGUCCGCCUAUUCUCGAUUCAUUGUCUAUCGACGUCGAAACCUUGGGCGCAGAGUUCGAUAACAAGUGCAAAGAAUAUACAUCCGCGCUUGUUGGCAAUUAUAGCAGCCGAGGCCUUCCGUUUACACCAGGGCUUGGAUUACCACGCUGCGAGCUUCUGACGCUUAGCGCCGAAAACUCCAAAUCUGUCAUCAAGAAUAUCAAGACCCGUCUUGGUCCCGAGUUUACCAUCACGCACCUUACACAGGCCGCAAUUUUGCUCGCUCUGUUGGACACCCUCAAGCCCACGGAUUUGACCGACGACGAGGUCUUUGUAACACCAACGUCGGUGGAUGGCCGCCGAUGGAUGCGGCCAGAAGUAGCAAACAGCUUUUACUCCAUGUGCCAGACCGCCGCCGUCGUGCGGGUCGAGAAUCUCAAGUCCAUUCACGUCAGCCAUGAAGAUUCGUCGGAGACACAGGUCAAGGCCCUGGAGCGUGCUUGUCGGGACGUCAAGGCUUCAUAUGACCAGUGGCUCAAAAAUCCGUACCAGCAAGCGCUUGGACUGAGGGUACAUAACUUUGAAGCAAGCUACUUGCAAGCAAACCCGAUACCGUUUCAGAAAAAAGAGGCCAACCCGUUGUUUAUCAGUGACGGAAUUAACGAACGCUUCCUUCCGCGCGACAUAGUCUCGAGUGCGACGGCAGAGACCAUUUUUACCGUGGAGAGGUUUAGCUUCCUCGUGAACCAGAUGCUUCCCUAUCUGGCAAUCCGACUUGACAGCUGGAAAGAUGCCUCCACGGUAAGCAUCAUCUACAACGAGGCCAACUACACCAAAGCAGUGGUACAAGCUUUUCUCAAGUCAAUCACCGACUUUAUACUGGUCUUUAUGGCGUGA